GUUCAAACCUGGCAACACGUGGGCUCACGCUCCCACAGUUUGUCCAUCACAGCUCGUACACACGUCUCUGGAGGGCGAAUGAUACUUCAGGCUGUAUGAAGUUUGACACUUGGUCCCUGUGUACCAGCAGAUGGCAGAGGAGACCUGGUUUCUCCUCACUGUGACCUUGCCCUGCAGCUAUUGGGUCAAUCAACCACCAACUUCCAAAUAUACAAAAGCUUGACAGGACGGCAGCUGCACAAGAAGAUCUGAAGGGAAGUGAGCAGUUAAUUCCAGUAAAAAGUGUGUCCGAUGGGUGGAGGGGCCACCAGGCUGUACAGCGCCCUGACUCAGACCAGCAGCGGCUCUCCUCUCCCCCUCCCUCCGUCCCAGCAGCCUGCAGACACAAACGUGGAUCCAUCUUUCUGCCAGGGGGAGGUAUGUCCCCCCGAUCCAGUGGAGCUGCUCAGACAGUGUGAAGAGGCCCUCAGGGACCAACCACCUCGCCUCCACAGGAAGUUCACUCACCUCAAUGAUGGAGACAGCGUCCCCAGCGGCUCCGUCAGGGUGAUGCAGUGGAACAUACUAGCCCAAGCUCUGGGCGAGGGACUAGACAGUUUUGUCCGGUGUCCCCCCGAGGCCCUCAGCUGGCCCCGCAGGAAGUACCUCAUCUUAGAGGAGAUCCUCACCUACAGACCUCAUAUCCUGUGUCUGCAGGAAGUCGACCACUACUAUGACACCCUCCAGCCGGUUCUGGCAGGCCUCGGUUACAGCGGCAACUUUUGCCCCAAACCCUGGUCGCCAUGCCUAGAUGUGGAGGGCAACAACGGUCCGGACGGCUGUGCUCUGUUCUUCGAUCAGUCGCGGUACGAGCUCCUAGAUAGCGUGAACAUAAGGCUCUCUGCCAUGAGGAUUCCAACCAAUCAGAUUGCUGUGGUGACGAUGCUGCGUUGUCGGAACACAGGGAGGUGUGUGUGUGUGGCCGUGACGCAUCUGAAGGCUCGUUCUGGCUGGGAGUGGCUCCGCAGCGCCCAGGGCUCCGUCCUCCUGCAACACCUCCAGAAUCUGGUCCAGAAGCAUGCUGGCGAUCCUGCGGGUGCCCCCAAGUCAGACAUCCCUUUGCUCAUAUGUGGAGAUUUCAACGCAGUCCCAAAUGAAGAGGUUUACCGACGUUUCAUCACGUCGCCUUUGUGUUUGGACUCGGCCUAUAAGAAACUCAGUAAAGACGGUUUAACUGAGCCAGAGUACACAACGUGGAAGAUUCGGCAAACGGGGGAAUGCUGUACCACUCUGGACUACAUCUGGUACAGUCAGGACACACUGAGAGUGGACACAGUUCUGGACAUGCCCACUGAGGAACAGAUUGGGCCAAACAGGCUUCCGUCCUUUAGCUAUCCAUCAGACCAUAUCUCUCUGGUUUGUGACUUCAGCUUUAAGGAGAAGGAGUGAACCACCUGCACACAGGAAGGGACGAUACUGAGAAGAGACAUUUGAGAUUGGCUACUGGUUGGCUUCACUUAACAGGAAGAUGGGCAUAUGAGAGGCCUUUUGGUUGUGACAGGCGGAGGAUGACAACAGGUUAAAGAGAAACGAGGGUUGGUUAUUUUUGCCUUGAUGGAACAGUCGGAUAACUUAUGACGCACAAGUCAUAGAGAUACAUGCUGCAACGACAACAUAGUCUACCUGCACAGUGAAAGGGAUUGGAAACAUUAUAUAUAUCUAAUCCUGAAAUCAAAAUGUUUUAAAUGUUGUGUUUCACACUGACAUUGUACAACAGAG